AUGAUUAUUUUUUUACUUUCCUUUUCAUUCUUUUUCACUCAUUCCUUUCGGCUGCUUGUCAUUUUGUAUUCUCCUCUCAUUUUUUGUUUGUUUCUUCUUCUUUUUUUUUUUUUUUUUGCUCCCGCUACUCAGCGAGAAGGUCCCGCCACACCAAAAGGGGAGGGGGGAAUGUCAGCCCCGAAACCAGCCAUUGUUGUCUGUCACGUCUUUGUGCGUGGUCGAGUGCAGGGCGUGUUUUAUCGCAAGUAUACGCAACGAGCAGCGCUGGAGCGUGGGGUGCGUGGUUGGGUACGUAAUUUAGAAGAUGGCCGCGUGGAGAUGAUGGCGGAGGGCCUAAAAGAGAAUGUUGACAGCCUUGUGGAAUGGUGCCGCGUCGGGUCGCCCAAGUCACGUGUGGACGGUGUGGAAGCCACAAUCGUGUCCUCAGGGGACGCGUACACCUUCAAAACAUUCGAAGUACGUCGAUGA